AUGGCGCCUGUACCUCCCAAGAUGAAGGCCGUGCAGAUUAACAAGAACGGCGGCACUGAAGUCCUUGAGCUCAACGAUGUUGCUGUUCCUAAAGCUGGUGAGGGCCAGAUCCUCGUCAAGAAUCAGAUUGCGGGCUUGAACUAUAUCGAUACGUACUUCCGAAGUGGUCUCUACAAGGCGCCCCAGUUUCCUCUUACGCUUGGUCGUGAGGCUGCUGGUACUGUCGUUGACGCUCACUCCUCUGUCAAGGGUUUUGAGAAUGGUACGCGCGUGGUAUUCAUGGGAACUGUGGGCGCAUACGCCGAGUACAGUGUCGUCAACGCCUCUGACGCUGUUAAAAUCCCCGACGAGGUUCCCACUGAUCAAGCUGUCGCUGCUUACCUGCAAGGUCUUACAGCAUGGACCUUCAUCCGUGAAGCUGGUCAGGUCAAGGCUGGCCAAUGGGUUCUUGUUCACGCUGCCUCUGGAGGUGUAGGUACUCUGCUCGUUCAGCUGCUCCGAAUUGUCGGUGCCAAGGUCAUUGGUACUGCCAGUUCAGAGGAGAAGCUUGCGCUUGCGAAGAAGAAUGGUGCAGAGUGGGUUAUCAACUCUCAUGAUGAUGUUGUUGCAAAGGUCAAGGAGAUCACUGGUGGUCAUGGUGCGGAUGUUAUCUUUGAUGGUGUGGGCAAGGUUACCUUCGAUGGAGAUCUUGAGAUGAUUGCUAAAAAGGGUAACCUCAUCUCUUUUGGCAACGCUUCCGGCGCCGUGGACCCCGUGAGCCUCUUCCGACUUACACCCAAGUGCGUCCGCUUGAUGCGCCCCGUAGUCAACGGCUACGUCUCCGAGCGAGCUGAUCUCGAAAAGUACACAUCCGAGCUCUUCGACCUCAUCAAGUCCAAGAAGCUCGAACUCACCAUUCACAAGGUGUACCCUCUCCAGGAUGUGGCACAGGCACACCAGGACAUUGAGAGCCGAAAGACGAUUGGAAAGUUGCUCAUUAAAAUCGAUUAA